AGCGAAUCAACACCGGCGGCCGCAACCGUUCAAUAACGACAGUUUCCCCUUUCGAGAUUCUUCCGAAAGACUUGAUGUGUGAAAUUCUGAAAAGGUUCCCGGCCAGAUCUCUCAUGCGAUUCAAAUGCGUCUGAUUCGCGAUCCCCAAUUUGCAGAGGCUCAUCUCUCCUACUUCCUGGCCCGUCCCGAAGCCUCCUACAUUCUGCUCUUGGGUUUCGGUAAAGGGGUUUAUGCAACAGAUCAGGAACUUGUUCCCCCAAGAAAUUCACCUGUUCCUCCAAAUCACCAUCUUUUCCACACUCACAGGCCUUGCUCUAACAUCGUUAACGGCCUCAUCUGCUUGCGAAAUGGAAGUAGACUCGCGAUUUACAACCUCUCCACUGGGGAGAAGAGAGAUCUGCCUCCAACAAGGAUCACAGACCACGGCACCACAUUUGCAUUCGGGUUCAAUUCCGUCUCAAAAAAGUACAAAUUGCUCCUCUUUAGAGGGCAUGUGGCUAGUGAAAUUCUCACGGUGGGUAGAAAAUCGUCGUGGAAAGAUAUGCUCGGUGCUCCUGCGAUGAUGGAACUUAGUUUGGAUCCUAUUAUAUAUGUUGCUGGCAAAAUAUAUUUCAUAGAACUGCGCGCACUCAACAAAUUCUUCAUUCGAUUUUUUGAUUUGACAAGUGAGAAGUUUGGGACAAUUGAUCCCCCGAGCAAUAGCGAGGCACCCUAUCCAAAUCCAUGUUUCGGCAAUUUUGAGGCAACCUAUCCAAAUCCACGUCUAGUGCAGGCCGGAGGAAAUCUGGGGUUCCUUGCAAAUGAUUAUAUUCUGAAUAAAUCUAGUACAUUGGUUCAUCACUGGACCUACUGUUACCCACACAAUUGGGUUGAAAGAGGCAUGUUUUGGUAUCAUCCUGAUAAGGUUUGGGCUUCAAUUGGUACGGGUGAUAUUCUACUUGGUUCAUCCGAAAUUCGUUUGUUUGAUCCCACGACAUCCUGGUGGAGUAGGGAGAAGAUUAAUAAUAAUCCGAGGGAUUCAACUUGUUAUACUCAUAUCUCCUGCAAUCAUGUGGAAAACAUUCUCCCUCUCUCAAGUAUGGACUAAUGAGUCUAGGGUUGGUGGUUUCAGAUCUUCAAAGCUCCACCAUGGCAAUGGCAAGAAGGAAGCGAAUCAACACCGGCGGCCGCAACCGUUCAAUAACGACAGUUUCCCCUUUCGAAAUUCUUCCGAAGGACUUGAUCUGUGAAAUUCUGAAAAGGUUCCCGGCCAGAUCUCUCAUGCGAUUCAAAUGCGUCUGAUUCGCGAUCCCCAAUUUGCAGAGGCUCAUCUCUCCUACUUCCAGGCCCGUCCCGAAGCCUCCUACAUUCUGCUCUUGGGUUUCGGUAAAGGGGUUUAUGCAACAGAUCAGGAACUUGUUCCCCCAAGAAAUUCACCUGUUCCUCCAAAUCACCAUCUUUUCCACACUCACAGGCCUUGCUCUAACAUCGUGAACGGCCUCAUAUGCUUGCGAAAUGGAAGUAGACUUGCGAUUUACAACCUCUCCACUGGGGAGAAAAGAGGUCUGCCUCCAAUGAGGAUCCGAUUCACAACCUCUACCACAUUUGCAUUUGGGUUCGAUUCCGCCUCCGAAAAGUACAAAUUGGUUCUCAUUAUAGGGGAUGUGGCUCGUGAGAUUCUCACGGUGGGUAGAAAAUCCUCCUGGAAAGAUCUGCCCGACGUUCCUGAGAUGAUUGCACUUAGUUUGAAUCCUAUUUAUGCUGCUGGCAAAAUAUAUUUUAUGGAAAAGCGCCCUUUACAAAAAUUCUUCAUUCGAUUUUUUGAUUUGACAAGUGAGAAAUUUGGGACAAUUGAUCCCCCAAGCAAUUUAGAGUCAUUCUAUUCAAAUGCAUGUUUAGCAGAGGCAGGAGGAAAUCUGGGGUACCUUAAAAGGGAUUUUAGUCGGCAACAACCCAAUACAACAACUCACUGGGAUGGCUGGAACUGUAGUUACCCACACAAUUUCUGGGUAUUAGAUUUAGACUUGAAUUGGGUUGAAAGAGGCAUGUUUUGGAUUCACCAUGAUAAGGCUUGGGGUUCAAUUGGUACGGGUGAAAUUCUAUUUGGCUCAUCCAAAAUUCGUUUGUUUGAUCCCAAGACGUCCAGUUGGAGUCAGGA